AUGGCGAAUCACCUGCUUGAAGCGCAAGAAACGUUGUUGCCGACCUAUGAUGGGGAUGCGACUGUUGUGCAGAAAAGAGGCGAGGCAGCGAAAUCUCAUGCUCCGGUGCCGUCAUGCUCGACACCUGCCGAGCCAAUUCCCACUGAACCAACUCCGGCUGCCCAGUUAUCCAGCCAGCGAGAGGAAACCGUCGAUCACCGAACCGACACCAACACCGAGGCGAUCCUGACCGAUCUCAAGCACCAAAAUGUGGCGGUAGCCUCCAUCCAGCCCAUCGAGUUGCAUUAUCCCGCAAACACGGCGGCUGCUGCGCUCCCGUCAGCUGCUCUGGCAGGGGACGUAGAUGAAGUAACCGUGGACUUGAUGCAUCUCGGUCCCAAUACCACUGCUGCUCCUACCGAUGAAGCCACACUUGCUAGUGUAAAUGCAAUCCCAGCUGCCUAUGAAGGCACUGAAUUCAAAGAUCGUCUUCGCCCCCGUAAGCCGACAGUCGAUCCCAAGCCGCAAGGAAAAACCAAGCGUAAAGCAGGUUCCAGCUCCACGGCUGCACCAGCCAACAAACGCCGCGCUCAGUCCACCUUAGCCCCGUCCAACUCAACUACAAAAGAAGAUAAACUUGCCGAACUCGAAGCCCGCGAAAAAGAACUCGUGUCAGAAGUAGACGAGAUCGCCGAACGGGUCAAAGACAAACUCUCCAAGAACAUCCGCAUGAAAGAGGAGCUUGCAGACAAGAGAAGCUACAUUCAGCAAACUAUUGAUGACGCGGAUACCGCCAUUGCAGGCUUCCAGCGCGACAUGGUUGGUAUAAACAGGAUCAUGUUUGGGAGGCUUAAUACACCUAAUUAUAAUUUUGAUGAUAAGGUUGAAAGGUUGGAGAAGACAAUUCUGCAGCAGCAGAAAGGGUUGACUGGGAUUGAGAAGGAGAUGGAUAAGCAUCGGAAGGAUACUGCUAACUUGGUGGCACAGCAUCGGCCUUUGUGGGACGAGCUGUGUGAGCUGAGGGCAGAGAAAAGGAAGUUUUGA